AUGAAAAUUGAUAACAUCACUCCUAGAUAGUAUAUUCUUCGUCUUAAUCAUCAUCCUCCAGAUUAUAGACUAUAAAUACAAAAUUCCCCUGUUCAAAAACUAAAUAAAUAAAUUGACCUUACAAAUAAAUCUAUCACAGAAUCAAUCAAAAGUACAUAAAUCAAUAUAAAUCACUAAUAGAAAAGAUUCAGUUACGUAAGAUAUCUUAAAUCUCCUCAUAUUAACAUUAUGAUCCAAUUAAUUUUCCUUAAUCCAAUACUAUGUCAAUUGACACAAAAUAAUUCCACAUAUUCACUAAGAAAAAUUCUAGAGCAAAUACUUGUAUUUAAUAGCUCAGUUACACUUCUGAUUAUUCUAUUAAUCAUUAAAAACAAAAAAAACCUUAACAACCUUAAACAGCCAUUAAAAGAAACAAAAGAGUUUCACCUAUACAUAUUCCAUUAUGUCCUUCUAAUCCUUUUGGUCCACCUAUUACUGCAUAGAGUUGGUGUAUUAUAAAUGGAAAAGAUGGAUCUAUGUUAGCUGGUUAUAAUGAAAAACUUAAAAGUUAAAUAGCAUCCAUAACUAAAAUUAUGACUUGUUGGUUAUCUCUUAAAUUCAUCUCAUUAAUAUCAUUAGAUUUAGAUAAUACUUAUUUUACAGUACCAGAAGCAGUAUUAAACUAUUUCUAUAUAGGCAGAAAUAAUAGGUGGUACUUCUGCAUAAUUAUAAAAUGGAGAUUAAUUAAAUAUAAGAGAUCUUCUUUAUGGACUUAUGCUUCCUUCAGGAAAUGAUGCUGCCAUUACAUUAAAAUACAAUUUUGAAUAAAAUAUAGGAAUCAACUUUAUAGAUGAAAUGAAUAAUUGUGCAAAAGAAUUUGGUCUAAAAUCAACAUAAUAUAUGAAUCCACAUGGUAUUAUAACUAUAAUAUUAAUUAGGUUUAUAUCAUAAAUUUAAUUACUCUUCUGCUUUAGAUAUUGGAAUUUUAUGUUAUUAAACAUUAUAAAAUGAACAUUUUGCUAAUAUUGUUAAAACUAAAAUAUAUUUUAGUGAAAUAAUAGACAAAUUUGGUAACAUUAAAGAAAUACUUUGGGAAAAUACAAAUAAAUUAUUAGAUAAUGGAUUUCAAGGAGUUAAAACAGGUCAAACAAAAGAAGCUGGACCUUGUGUUGUAGAAUAUUAUUAGGAUAAUAAUAAUUCAUAUAUAAUUGUAUUAUUAAAUUGUAAAUCUACUGAUUAAAGAUGGGAUGAUACAAUUAAAUUAUUAGAAUGGAUAAAAUAAUGA